UCAUCCACUUAAAGAGCCAGGCGGAUGUAAUAUCAUGGGCUGCACCGGGUAACUUAGUGCUAAUGUCUCACUGUUAAUUUGUAAAAGUGCACGGCGGAGUUCUUCUCUCUGCUCCCGUUACCAUAAAUUAGGUGAAAUUAUCAAUAUAUUUUUUAAAUUCUUCCCACGAGAAAAGACGCAACUCCUGCACCAAAAAACACAACUGAGCUGUCAUCACGUCGCUGUGAGGUUUAUCGGUGGGGUUGCACACAGAGUGAGCUGGUGACCUCGCUGACAUAGACACGCGCUUACUUCAGGACCAUGAGCAUGGCACUGGCCUGGCUCCAGUCUCACCUGCCCUAUGCUAACCCAACCAAUAUCACCACUAUAAAGCAUCAGCACGCUUCCAGCAAAGGUUGCUGAACAGGACUGUGUGGAGAGACAUGCUGUCUGGGACUUGGCGGCGUUCUGUGGGGCACCAGCAGCCUGCUGCAGCGCCCGUGGUGGCCUCCAGGGGUUUGACAGUGUGUGGGGUUCCCAGUGGCACGGUGGUCCUUGAGGCCCAGUAUGACUACAACUACCGCGGUGCUGAUGGACGUCAGGUCUGCAUUAGGGAGGGUGAACGGUUUAUUCUCCUGAAAAAGACCAACACUGACUGGUGGCAGGUGCGGAGGAUUGGAGCAGCCAGUAAAACAAAGCCGUUGUAUGUCCCCGCCACGUAUGUGACAGAGGUGCCCAUUGCACCGAUGCCCUCGCCACAGCGCCUGGUCAUGUCUGCCUCACUGAACUCCAACCUCAGGAUACUGCCAAGGCUGUCACUCAGUCCCAGCCCAACAGGGACUUCCUAUAAUGAACAGCAUCAAGUGAACAAAUUCAUCUACCACUCCAUGGAAAACCUCAGUUCCAACAGUGCCUUAAAGGGGCAGGACAACAGCACAAGCACAGGUGGAGGCCGCUUCACCACCCUGCCCCUCUCUGGAUUCACCUUUACCCGCAACUCUCCCACCUCCCCGUCAGGCCACCUCAUGGUCCCCGGGUCACCCGUGACUUCCACAACGCAAACUGCACCACAAAACGCCAGGGCGGUCCCCAUGAUCACUCGGAGCCAGAGCUCCAGCAACCUGCCUGAAAACGUGAUGGAGAACCCGUAUGAUGAGGUGGGUGGCGGCUUCAGCAGUCGUGUCAACCACAGAAUUCCCAAGAAGUCUUGUAGCCAGUGGGAUAUGGUGGGAGCUUCCAGCACCAACCAUUUGCAGAAUCACUAUGAGCAUGCAACCACCUCUGAAUAAGCUCUUGAUCAUAGCACAAGCUGGAAGAGGAAGUGUCAGAAAAUAGAGGUC